AAUAUCGUUGUGGUCGUGGGCUUUCAAUCUGCAUCAGUGGUGGUUCUCGUGGCUCAUCACUUAUAUGGUCCUAUAUAUUGGAUCUCUUAAUCUGUGGCUACAGAGAGUCACCGAUGAUAUACAAAUCGCCGGCAAUUUUGCCAAAAUCUACGGAACCGCACAAAUCGCAGCUCUAUUGUUGGCACCGAUGGCCGGAUUCUUCAUGGACUGCAGUAUUCAAAAGGCGGACAAAGAGACGGAUCCCUUCAUUAGAAAACUAAAUCGAGUCAGAGCUGGCUUUUGGCCACUCUUUACAACGUCUUUAUUCUUAAGCUUUUGUCUCUUUUGUCGCUUCUUUGAUACGGAGACCGCGAUCUAUAUUUCCAUUGUGUUUAUGACUAUAUUUCGCGCAUUUCUUGUGGCCGUCGGAACCGCUUAUCUUCGCAUUCGGUAUAAAAAC